GAUCUCUCAAGUCAUUUCUGCCCAUGUUCUGGGCCUGAAUCUGCUAUAUCAGAGGAGUUGCAUAGUUGGGAAGACUACUGUAAGUGGAGGUGCAUUCCACUGGACUCACCUGUUGCUUUACUUCUUCACUGGCCACUUACGGUAUAUCAUGCUUUGCAACUUGUUGGAAUCACGAUCCCGAAUCCUGAAAUUAAUGAUAAGCUGUACAUACAUUACCUUGGACCUGAGAAAGAGCUUCUACAACUUGUGGUGUUUGGGGAAUUACGGGCACUCUUCCCUGGUGUACGUAUUCAUGUAGAACUUGUUGGGCCUGCGAUUCCUCUACACAGGGAUGGAGAGAAGAUCAGUAUUUCUCAGUAUGCUCGCUGCAAUAGUGAUGAGUGUUCCUGCAAAUUAUCUGGUGAUGAUGUGAUUUUCAAAACGCAAUCUGAUACCACUUCGGCAGUGACAUUGCAGCUUUGGCGAGGGUUCUAUCACGAUCGUUAUGGUGAUAUUGUCAAGCAAUUUUCUCUUCAAUUUUGUUCCCCUAACAGGAUAAGGAUUCCUUCCCACGUCUAGUCAUAGCCCCAAAUGCUGGCAUUGCUGCUUAUACUAGUUGGUUACCCAGUAUUGUAUGCCACCCACCUCACGCUUCUCUUUUAUGUUUUGC